GGUAAACGCGACCAGGAAAUUUUAAUUUUUCAAACGCAGUAUAUAUCUUAAUCUGAGGUUAGCAUGAUUUAAAUAUGUAAUGAUUUGACAUUGUCAUCCGAUUAAAUGGUCAUAUGUGAUGUUGUUAUAAAAGCCUAUAUACACACCAGUGAUAAAUUUUAUCACAUGGACUGUUAACCUGCUUUUGAAUUUAGACGUUUGGUUACAUAAUCUAUAAACAUGGACUGGACAUACUUCUUUAUUAUUUCGGCAGUAGCUUCUACGUUUUUCUUGUCAUUAGGACCAAUACUAUAUCAUCGCUAUUUGGGUGAUACUGACUCGACAUAUGACUCAAGCACUAUUAUAGCUGGAAAUAUACGACUGAGACCUCGGAUAAAAUUAGUUUGUGGCAAUCUAGAAAAUAUACCGUGUGAUGUCUGUAAAUUAUUUGUGGUUGGACUACGCGCCUUAGUGGGAAGACAAGCACCAGAAGCUGACAUAGUUAAAUUUGCAAUUGAAAUUUGUGAAACAUUUCAUAUAGAAGAUGAAAGGGUUUGUCAGGGCAUUGUUCGAAUGUUUAAGGAUGAGUUCGUCGGUGUAAUAGAAAAAUUGGUUUUGUCUCCAGAAGAAGCAUGUGGUCUUGUAGUUGGAGAAACUUGUGGAAACCCCUAUGACCCUGAAGUGAUGUGGAACAUAACUCUACCAAAUGUCCCAAAACCUCCAGUGAAACCACAUGUACUCCCACAGCCUGGAUCUCCUAUACUUCGGAUACUACAUCUAACAGAUAUCCAUAUAGACACCCAGUAUCUGGCAGGGGCUUCUGCUGAUUGUGGCGAACCUCUGUGCUGCAGAAUAGGAGAUAAGAUGACAACUGGUGCAAUGGCUGCUGGUAAAUGGGGUUCAUUGAAUAACUGUGACCUUCCUUAUGUAACAUUACAAAGUUUAUUUGAAUAUCUUAGGAGUAUCAAAGAUCAGUUUGACUAUGUAGUGUUUACCGGCGACCUACCAGCUCACAACGUUUGGAACCAAUCAAGAUCAGACAUUAUGGGAGCUAUGGAACUUGUUACCAAAAUGUUCCUAACUUAUCUUCCCGGUAAACAGGUUUACAACACACUGGGCAAUCAUGAAAGUGCACCUGUCAACAGUUUUCCACCGAGCUACAUAACUGGAAACGAUGCUGAGACUUGGCUGUAUAACGAAACAGCUAAACUUUGGAAAAACUGGUUGCCUGCAGACACCAUGAAAGAUAUAAAAAGAGCAGGAUAUUAUACCACAAUGAUACAACAAGGACUCAGACUUGUGUCACUCAACAUGAACUUCUGCAAUAAUCAAAAUUGGUGGUUAUUAAUCAAUACAACUGAUCCAAUGGGACAACUCAGUUGGCUUAUGAAUGUUCUGCAAAAGGCCGAGGACAAUAAGGAAAAGGUUCACAUCAUUGGUCAUAUUGUCCCCGGCGGUGGCAGCUGUUUAAAGGCUUGGAGCUGGAACUACUAUAAAGUUAUCAACAGAUAUGAGAGUACCGUAACCGCACAAUUUUUUGGUCAUGUCCAUUCUGAGAUGUACACUGUUUUCUACGAUGAUGUCCUGUUUAAGAGACCAACUAGUGUUCUCUAUGCACCGGGAAGUGUCACAACGUUUUCCGAUUUAAACCCAGGAUUCCGAAUAUAUGAAGUGGAUGGACAUUACAAUGGAAGUUCAUGGUAUCCUCUAAAUUACCAGAACUAUUAUUUAAACUUGACAAAAGUAAAUAAAGACAAUACGCCGGUAUGGGAACCUGAGUACAAUGCAAAGGCUGAUCUUGGAUUGAAAAGUCUGUAUCCAGAAGACUGGGAUGAUCUUAUUCAUAGGUUCAAAACUAAUGACACACUGUUAUAGAGAUAUUACAGGUAAGGUUAUAAAGUAAAUUAUACGAAAAUGAAAUAUCCUGGCUAAUCCUGCAAUUUGAUUGGUUACUUUGACAGGGAAUAUGAGCUCGUAUCCCCUGUGAACAGAAAACGAAGACCAGAAUGGUAAUGAAUGUUGAAAUCAGGACACUCCAGUAUAAUAUAAUUGUUAUUCGGGGUACACAUGGGAUAUUGGCUCAUAUUCCAAGUACCAGUGCUCUAUAGUAUAGGUAAAGUCAUCAAAUGUGUAUCCAGAAAGACUGGGAUGACCUUAUUCAUGGAUUCAAAACUAAUGACACACUUCUCAGAUAUAUUAUAAGUAAUGUUAUAAAGUCUGUAUCCAGGAGACUGGGAUGACAUUAUUCAUAGAUUCAAAACUAAUGACACACUGUGUCAGCGAUUAUAUAGGUAAGGUCAUCAAGUUUGUUUCCAGAAGACUGGGAUGACUUUAUUCAUAGAUUCAAAACUAAUGACACACUUCUCAGAGAUAUUACAAGUAAGGUUAUCAAAAGUCUGUGUCCAGAAGACUGGGGUGACCUUAUUCAUAGAUUCAAAACUCAUGACGUACUGUUUCAGCAAUUUUAUAGGUAAGGUCAUAAAAAGUCUGAAUCAAGAAGACUGGAAUGAUCUGAUUCAUAGGUUCAAAAAUAAUAAAGGACACACUGUUUCAAAGAUAUUAUAGGCAAGGUUAAAAAAGUCUAAAUCCAGAAGACUGGGAUGACC